UCUCGCAAAUCGAUCGCGCGAACUCUGCUCGUUACCCAAGUGAAACCUGCUAGUGCGUAAUAACCCAUACUCCAUCUCGAGAGGUUUUCAUUACAAACGAAUCAAGGCAAGGGAGGUAAUACAUUUUAGAGAUGAGCAAGCGACUGGAAACCGUGGCCACCAUGACCUGCAUGAAGACGCUGCUGAUGCUCUUCAAUUUCAUCUUCUGGGCGUCUGGAGUGUUGAUGCUAUGCAUCGGCAUAUGGAUGCGCAUCCAGCUGCGGGAUUACAUGAAUAUGAGCGUGCAGGGUAGCGGAGCCGCUUUACUGGCACUCGCGUGCUUAGGCGCAGUGUUAACCGUCGCAGCGGUUCUCGCCUGUUGCUGCACCGCGCGUGGUCAUCCUGCUCUCCUUUACUUGUACGGCGCGUUCCUGGCCGUCGUGGCAUUGCUAGAACUCGGUGCGGGCGCAUCGGUUUACGCUUAUCGCUCGAGUUUGAACGAGGGAUUUGAUCAAGGUUUGAACGAGAGCAUGGCAACUUACGGGCAAGACAAUUCCAAGAGCAGUCACAUCGAUACUAUGCAAUCAACUUUGCAUUGCUGUGGUAAUCGCGGGUAUAUUGAUUGGAUAAAUCUGGAACCACCGAAGGACAUUCCCUUAUCUUGCUGCAGAGUACCCAAAGAUAAAUGCGAACCACAGAAUGUAAAAGACAUUUAUACCGAGGGAUGCUACAAUCGCGUGCUGGACUUCAUAAAUAGCAACAUCGGUCUUGUGGCCGGUACGGCGAUCGGCGUAGCCUUUUUCCCAUUAGUCGGUAUCUUUUUAGCGUGCUGCCUAGCCAGUAAUAUCAAUAAGGCCGAGUACGAACAGGUUGCUUAGGCAUGACAUUUGCGUAAACAGCCACGACGAUUCUAUAAGAUUCUAUAAGAGACAAAACUUACAUCACUAACGACAAUGGCGAAUUAAUAUACACGAUUUAAUGGAAACACGGAAAUGAUCUCCAUCAAAGCAAGCGCGCAUGUUACCACUUCAGUUUUAAUUAACGAUUUUGGUACAAGAAUAAAAAUUCAUAAAGUCCACUUGUGUAAUAUAAAAUUACAAAUAUAAAAUGGACCAAAUUAUGUAUUCACAUCAUUCUUGCAUUGAGCGAUUAAUUGAAAUUUGCGCUCUCAUAUUCCAACAAUUCUAUGAUUCAGUCUAAUUAAAAAGUAGUAUAAAUUGAUAAUAUUAUAUCGAGUUAUAUUUAUUUGAUAUUACAGAAUAUUACAAGAUGUAAUAAUUUUCUCAUACAUUUGGAACUUGUAUAAAGACUUAUCUUUGAAAUUAUAUUUCACAUAAUUAAUUAUGUACAUGUCUCGAUAUACUACUCAAGAUCUUCUGAGCAAAGCUUUUGCAAGUUAAAAACAAAUUAACAGACAGAAGAAUAAGAAACAUACUAGUUUGGACUAGUCGUCUUUUUUAUUUAGACUUUUUAUUCCAAGAUACAGUAAUGAAGAAAGUGACAAUUUAUGAAACUUUUUUAAGAAAUGAUAAUUAUUAUAGAGCAUUGCGUAAAUGAUGACAUGUUUCUUUACAUGAGAGCACUAAAUAAUGUUGUAGAAUGCAAACGCAUGACUAGUAUUUUUACGGAUUGACAGUGAAAAUAUAAUUUAAUUAUCGCUAUCUUCAAAAAUAUUUAAUAUUCAAUUUGUACAUUGUACAAAUUGAAUGAACUUGGACCUAUCGAAUUCUAAAAUUCGGUAAAAAGUCAAAUGAUACACAUACUCACACACAAACACACAUAUGAAGAUAGCACAAACAAAUGUUGAUAGUUUGGAUUAUUUUUAUCAACAGAAUCAUAAUGCGAAGAAUAGUUUGUGAUAGAGUUCAUUUCAUGAAUGACUGAUUAUGACAACGAUGAUGCGAAAGGUAGAACAAAAAAAAACUUCUAUGUUUCUUAAUAUUAUCUUAUGAAUUCCCUUAGAUGUACUAAUAACUUUUCCUUCUCGGAUCUUUGUCUUAACUUAUUCCAAAUCUUUAAAUUCAUACAUGCAUACAUACACAUACACACACAAAAUUAAUUCUUCUAUUCUUAAAUCUUCCAUACAUUUGUCGAUCCAUUCGAUGCUUUCUCAAAAAUUUUAUAUAUAUUCUGUGUAUUAUAUACAACCACAAUAUACCUAUCUUCUAUGACAGCCACCUUCAAAUUCUUUACGAUUCACUCAAUGUACAUGUAAAACUGCGACUAAGUAUUCUUAUUUCAUAUAAAUAGGCUUCGACUUUGCAUUGAAUAAAUAAAACUUAAAAUCAGACAAUCAAUGUAGUCAGUGUGCUAAAUAUUCAAUGGAAUUAAAAUUCUCUUUCGAGUUAUGAUCAUCAAGUUAUAUCGAACAAAAACAGCAAA